AUGAGCCAGGGGGAUGAGUUCAGUGACGAGAGCGUGCCGGAGGAGUUCUGUGACCCCAUCACCCUCAUGCUGAUGGAGGAGGCGAUGAUGGCCUCGGGCUGCGGCCACAGCUUCUCCAAAGAUUCCAUCACUACUUGGCUGCACCAGAACCACCCAGUGUGUCCCGUGUGCAAGCACUCGCUCACCUUGGAGCAGCUGGUGCCCAACUACGCGCUGCGCUCAGUCAUUGAACGAUAUGGGGGCAAGGGUAAGGGCAAGAACAGUAGUGUGAACGCCCAGACCAAGAUGAACCAGCGUGCACCGAUGAGCUCAAAGGCUCGCCUCCUGUCUGCGCUGGAAUCGACGCAGAGGCGGAUUCUCCCCCUUCAGCCCCACAGGCGGGUGAUCUCGAGCAGGGCGCUUGCGGGGCCAGUCUACUGCUGCCUGAAGGCACACAAACUCGAGCAAUACGGGAUGCACACAGGAAACAACAAGUCCUGCCCCUGGUACGCUCUGGACCUGCGAAGGCGCAUGUAUUCAUCGCCUUCAGAGGCUACGUGCAUCUACUGCUAUGGAACGGACAGCACCUACUGCCGCCGUACGACGGCUAGUGUGUGCCUGCCCCUGUUCUCGCUCCUCUUGCUCGUGAUUAUGUCGGUUGAGCUGGUGUUUCUGUUCAGCUUCUGGUGCCUGUCGGUGUUCCUGCUUUCGCCCCUCUGGAUCCUUGCCCGAAUCCCCAUCACCAUGCUCUGCCCGCUCUACUACGAGUCCCACAUCAAGAACACCUGUUGGAACCGAACCUUCGGCUGUGGCACAUAG